UGACGCGACAUGUCGAGUGUCUCAACGAUUCUGUUUUCACUGCUUUUGUUGUAUAGCUUUCCGGUCACGCCGCCGCCACCGCCGCCGCCGGUCACUCUCGCGAUAUUUCGAGGAGACCCGCCGCAAGCGUCGCGCCGAACCGCGCAGUGUUCGCGUACAUGACCGGCGACCGUCAUCGUCACCAUGGUCGACAACAACGGAUUCGUAAACAUCAACUUGGGCGUAAGUAUAUAUGAUAUUAUACACAUAAAUACGGGUUGUUUUUUUUUUUUUUUAAAUUUUAUUUAGUUUUACGCGAUCGAAAUCGUCUCGGUUGCAAAGUCGCGAUUAGUGAGAGAGAAAAACAAUUCUACGUUGAAUUUAGUAGUUUUUAAACGCUUCAAGUUCGAAUUCUAAUGAAAUAUGUUUCGAUAAUAAUGCGAAACAUGUACCGUCCUAUCAGUGGCGGAUUCUAGAGUUAUUCAAAGGGGGGGAGGGCAAUUGUUCUUUGCUUUUAGUGUUUUUACAAUUAUUUUAACUAUUGUUAUUCAUUAAGUAAUUAAUAUUAUGAUAAGUUGGUCAAAUCCGUAGACAAUAUUUUUGUUAUCUAUGAUCAAACCGGGUCAAGGUUUCUGGUGUCAUCAUUUAGUUUUAGCGGUACUGAUUUCUAGUUUCAAGAUAAAUAGAGAUAAGUACCUAUACCAGUGGUUAGGAUUUGUAUUAAAAUAUUAUAUUUUACAAACAUAAAAGAGCCCGAUUUCCGAUUUCCGAGUCUAUUAACACAAUUUGUAUAGUUGUAACGCCACAUUUUUAAUGAGCAGGGCCGGAUCUAACAUUUUUUUUUACCCGGAGCAAAAUAUGAAAUUGGCGUCCUUUUUAGAUUCUGAGUGAAGCAAGAAAUGUAUUCAUUUUACAAUGAUAUUUAUUUAAAUUUUUUUUUUUUAACCCGGGUGCGUACGUUACGCAAUACGGCGAGAUUUUCGAAUAAAUUCGACAAUACCAUUUACCUUAGUGCGCCGUCUAAAUACUUUUCCAGCUGUACGAUUGAUUGUAUUAUCAUCAUUGUUUUAGAUUCUGAGUGGAGCGAUGAAUGUUUUGGUUUUAUGAUGAUGUUUAUUAUUUUUUUUAUAUGUGAACAACUUUUCUACCAGAAAUCUUGCUCCGAUUUAUAAGCGUGGCACUUUUUUUGUAAGGAAAUGUGACUAGAGUGUAAUUUUAAGGGAGGUCGUUUUUUUGAUUUUUCCGUGAGUUUUCCCAAUAAAUAGAAAAAAAAAACGAAGAAAAAACUGAGAAACAUCAGAAAAAUCUAAAAAUGUAUAGUAAAAUAUUACGGUCUGUGCGAUUAAAAAUAAAAAUAAUAUUACCACUAUAGGUAAUAGAGUACGGAUUUUGAAUGCAUAUUUGUUACGAUUUUAACGUAGAACAAUACAUUAUUUACAUGCACAUAAUUUCAAAAAUGUUUUUUAUUUUGAAUUUACUUAAAUAAUUAUUAGAUUAUUAGCCAACAAGGCUUAUUUUAAUUUACAUUGAAAACUCCUUUAACAAACACCUCCUAUUAGUGGACUUUUUUUGGGGGAACAAGGACGUUUUCAUUACUUUUCAACCGGAAAACCUCCGAAUAGCGGACUCUCCAAAUAGCGGAUACUAUUUUAAUCAUCAUAAUUUAAAAAUAAUGACAAAAUGACGGUAUCAAAACGUAUUCAUAUUCUUAUAUGUACUCUCGUAUAAUAAUGCAAUUACUAUGACAAACUCGUUACAUGGAACGAUAAGAUUACGGCGAAUUCGGUUAUCGGUGAAACGGUUAGGAGUAUAAAAAAAAUCAAUGGUUCGUGGGUUACAUUUUAUUAAUUAGUACUGGUUUUCGACUCGAUGGUACGUUAAAACGAAAGCGGUUGUCGCUUCGUGAAAAAUGGAAAUUUUAGACUUCCGUAAACAACAAUGGAAACGCACAAUCGCAGAAAAUUUCGGAAUCCAAGAGUGUCCGCUAUUCAAAGGUAUAUAUAUAUAUAUAUUUAGAUUUUAAGUAUAUAUAUAUAUAUAUUUAGAUUCUAAGUAGAGCGAAGAAGCUUAUGGCUUUACAAUGAUGCUUAUUUUUAUUUUAUCUGUGAACAAAUUUUCAACCAGAAAUUUUGCUCAGAUUUAUUAUAAUAGCACUUUUUCUAAAAGAAAAUCUGACUGGAGAGGUACUUAGGAAAGGUCAUUUCCUCACUUGAUUUCCCAAUAAAUGAGACAAUAUUAAAUACGUAUUAUUAAAAUAUACAUAUGUAUAUACAGGUAAUGCUUAUUAAAUUAUUUUACCAUAAUAUGACAUAAAUGCUGUUGACGCUAUUCAGCGGUUAGCAUCACUAUCAACUGAACACCGCUCAGAAUCGGUUUUUGUAAGUAAUUGUUUAUCUUUACCAUCAGGUAUGCAUACCUACAUUUAGGUAUCCUACCUUUCCAACUUCUCAUCUACCUACAACAGUGGCUGCACCCGUCCCCAUUAUCCUAGGACAGCUUUUCUUAUAUGUAUUUCGUUUGUGUUUUUAGUCGAACGAAAUGGCUUCAACGCAGAUCGUUGACACCGACGAGAAACAAGACUCUAAAAGCGCCGAAGGGCUGUCGAUUACUUACGGUAUUGACGAUAAUCCGCCGUGGUAUUUAUGCAUUUUCAUGGCACUACAAGUAUGUGUAAACAACUAUUUAACAAUUCAUGUACUUUUGUACGCGUUUCAACAACAAAAUUAAAACUAUUUGAUGACUGCAAACAGAGUCAAGUUAUAAUAUUAUCGAUUUGAAAUUAUUUAAAAAAUUAUGUUAUUAUACUCCUACGUUAUAUAUUAUUAUUAGUGCACGGGCCAAGUGAUAAUUUUGAAGAUGAAUGAAAACCAGAAUAUAAUUAUCAUAAAUAACUGCUGUAAACAAUGAACUCCAAAACACUAUAUUUGUAAUUUAUAUUAUUGUCCAGGGACGUACACAGUAUACAAUUUAGGGAAGGUUCACAAGUAUAAAAUUUAAACACUUUGAACUUGAGAACUACUAUUUAAUGCAUUUUUGAAAAACAAAUAAGGUCUUACCGUCGAUAAGAAAAAAAUAAAUUUUGAUAAAAUUAUUAAACUCUUGUGAACUUGGAAGCGCAACAAUUAGCUGACAUCAAUCCAACCCAUCGAACAAAAGUUUUUGGUGAAUUGUCAGACAACUUUUAAAAUGUGUUGGACUUUAAUUUCGACAGUUGGUCAAGUUGAAUUUUUGUUUUGUCAAGUUUCCGCUAGCAACGUAACUAUUGGUUUGGAUUGUUUUUAGAUCAGAAUCUUAAGGUGAAUUUACCAGCGCAAAGCUCAACUUGGCUCUCUGUCGAAAAUAAAGUUCAACAAAUUUUAAAAGUCAUCCAACAACGCUAAAAAAUGUACCAACUUAUUUAUUGGAUUUACUGGAUGGGUUAGAUCGAUGUCUGCUAAUUUCGUGCUAAUGUUCACAAGGGUAGUUAUUAGCCGUCAAAACGUAAAAAAUUGCAUAAAAACAUUUUUUUCUAGGAUUAUUUCAGGUUGAUGUAUCAAUAUUCAACAAUUCGUAAGUUUUUAUCUUUCACUGCUAAUAAUAAAUUUGUAAAUAUUGAUUUUUUUCCUAUCAACUAUAGAACUUUAUUUGUUCCGUAUUACAUUCUGGCGAUUUACCUUUGUACCACUUUUUAAUCAGCGGUAUUUUAAACCAUAGAAUAAAUAAAUACAAUUUGUUUUAUUCACCUAAACCCGCUGCUUGCGAAUCGGACAUUUUAAUUUUUUCGUGAAAUAAAAUUCGAAAGUAUUGUUACACCUGAACACAGUACAUUUUCCAAAUCAGAAUCGUCAUACAUACCCGUGUUUCUCAGCUCAUCAUCAAUAUAUACUAUAUAGUAUAUAUAUAUUCUGUUUAUAUUCCACAGCAUUAUCUUACGAUGAUCGGAGCAAUCGUCUCGAUCCCGUUUAUCCUUACACCAGCCCUGUGUAUGCGGGAAGACGAUCCUGCAAGAGGUCAUAUCAUAUCGACCAUGAUAUUCGUGACAGCCAUAGUGACGUUUGCACAAGUCACGUUUGGAUGCAGGUAUGAUUUUCGAAGGUUUUUUUUUUUUAAUUUGAGUUAAACACAGUAAAAGUAUAACGAUACGAAUGUGCUUAAUCAUUUUUUAAAAAGGUAAUAUAUCAGAAGAACCAGGAAAAUUUAAUAUUCCGUGAUCUUAUUAUAAUAACUAUAACGAUCGGCAAAAUAUUUUUCCGGCUUUCCCGAGAGAAUAAACCGUGGAUAACAAUUAUAUGUUAGUGCGAUACCAAUAUUUAUAUACGAGUAUAUAGUAUAAAUAUCAAUACUACACGUGGAUUUUUCAGAAAAUGAAAAAUUGUUUAAUCUGCUUUUAUUUGGAAAAAAUUAAUUUUUUUAUUUUCAUCUAAUCUCAAAAAAAAAACCAAACUAUUCACUUUACAAAAUAUUCAAAAAAGCCUUUUUUUAAAAGAUAUUAUUCUAAAAAAUGGAAUGUAUCAUGCAUUAAUAUCCGAUCCACAGUUUUUUAGUAACAGCGGUUUUGAUUUCUAAAUUUGUUUAUUUAUAACACAAUAAUUAAACUUUCCCUAUCGCGUUACGCAGUAUAGUUUCAUUUCCCUUACCUACUAUUGGUUAGAUCUGAAUGUAUAAGACAUGUAAAUGUUUAGAAUAAUAUAUUUAACAAUAUAUAGCUAUAUUGAAAAUGUUGUAAAAUGCAUAAUAAAAAAGUAAUUUUUUUUCAUAAAUUGUCUCUAAAUAGAUGUCUCUCUCAAAGAAAAACGGAUUGAAAUAAUUUAAAACAAAAAUUGAAUUUUGACAACUCUAUAAAAAUCCAUAGAAUACGGUGGAACUCCCGUGGGUAUACAUAUUAUAGUCUUAAUCUUAAACGCAACUGGCAUCUAUUAAUAUUCAACUGCAUAAAUAAAAACUGAGUUGAUACUGAUAAUGGGUAUGCCAUUGUUGUAGAUGGGAAGUUGGAAUGGUGUGUACAUAAAGUUAGUUAAUUUGUAAAUAUAAUCAACGAUAAGCCAUUGUUAGCAGAUUUGAAAAACGAUAUGGAGUAAAGUACGAUUAGACAUAUUUUGAAAUACCGUAAUUAAAAACAAAAAACACACACACAAAUCAUAGUAAAACCGACGGAUCUCCCUCGGUCCAUUCGGAAUGUAAAAAAAUCAGUGUUUAUGUACAGUAAAACUAUACGAAAAUUUAAAACUGUUGUUAGCUUUAUUGUUAUUCUUGUGAAUGUUUUUUUUUAAUCUGUUUAUAAUUAUUUUUGUUUGUUUUUUUUUUUUUUUAAAUAAACCAACCCUUAUUUGAUGUAUUAUUCGAUUUUCAGUAAUUUUAUCCGAGUCUGUGAGGAUUGGGGGAGUAAAAUACGUCUCUAAAUCCCCUCAAAUAUCUACGCUACCAACGAAACUCAAAAACAAGGGCCGCGCUAGAUAUUUUUUUCGUGGUUAUCUAAACAUUCAGUAUACUUACGUAAUUGUAGUGUUAUUCAGAUUAAAUUCACGGCAAAGGAUUAUGUUCGAUGAUCAUAAUAUUUUAUUGAUGCUUGUGUAACAUGUCAUAUCGUUAAAAUAAUUAUAUACACACGUGAUUAAUAUUUUUUCCGCUCGAUAAGGCAACACAUAUAUGGAUAAUUAGACAUUCAUUAAUGUAUGACAAAACUAGAAUGAAAUACAUUGCUCUACACAAAUAACAUACAUUAUAAUUUAUAAUAAAUUAAUAAACAAAUACAUUUAUUAAUACAAAAUUUAGUAACGUAUAUUGGCUAUAUUUAUGUUCUCUUUUGCCCAGUAUUGAGUUGCAUUUACGGAUUUAGAUUCUGAGUGGAGCGAAGAAGCUUAUGGUUUUACAAUGAUAUUUAUUUUUUUAUUUUUUCUGUGGACAACUUUUCUACCAGAAAUCUUGCUCCAAAGUAUAGCACCUCUUCUGAAAGGAAAUCGGACUAGGGAAGAACUUUAAAGAAGUCAUUUUUUGAUUUUCUCAGAAAUUUUCUUAGAAUAAUGUCAAGAACCGAAAAAAAAACGAAGAAAAAACGGGAAAAUUUACGAAACAAUAAGUAUUACUAAUUAGUAAAAAAAUAUUAUGGCCUUUUUUUAACUGUGAACAACUUUUCUCCUAGCGAUUUUACUCUGAUUUACAAUAAUAACAAUUUUUCUUAAAAUAAAUCUGAUUGGAGAGGUACUUGAGAGAGGUAAUUUUUUGAUUUUCCCAGGACUUUUCCCAAUAAAUGAGAAAAACGGAAAUAUAGAAACAAUAUCAAACAAAUAUUAUUAUAGAAAAUAUAUAAUUAUUUUACCAUAAUAUUGCAUAUAUAUUGUUGACAAAGCAACACUAUUAACUGAACUCCGCUCGGAAUCAUUUUUUCGGCAAUGGUUAACCGUUGCUUACAGGUAUACAUUAAAAUACCUACGAGAGUGGCUGUACCCGUACCUAUUAUCCAAGGACAGCUUAUUUGGUUGCUUGUCAUCAGACAAGACGCAUUUAAUUUCUGCACACAUUUGAUUUAUAUAAUCCAUUUUCGAGUAUCGUUUGAAAGCAAUAUUUACAAAAUUACUGUUUGUUUGUACUCAAAACAAUACCUAUAUCAUUGUUAUUGUGUUUCUUUGAUUCUCUUAAUAACUAAAAGUUUUAUACAGCACGUUUGAAUAUACAAUUUAAUAUUCAGAAAUCCCAAACGAUCGAUUAAGCAAGUUGGUACAUAUAGAUAAUACCCGUAUAUACUAACUGAAAUUGAACGAUUUCAAUAAAAUGUGUCUAAGACUUGUGAGUUUGCGAAACUGCCGGUUAUAAGUUUGUAAUUUGUCAUAUUAUAGACUACCAAUCGUGCAAGGAGGAACGAUUUCGUUUUUAGUGCCGACGUUAGCGAUAUUGAAACUACCGCAAUGGAGGUGUCCAUCCGCGGACAUCAUCAGCAAAAUGAGCGCCGGAGAACAAGAAGAACUUUGGCAAGUGCGGAUGAGAGAACUUUCGGGCGCUAUAGCCGUAUCAGCUCUAUUUCAGGUGUUCAUCGGAUUUUCCGGUAAGUGCGAUUUUUUCACUAUCUAUUUAGUUAAGUCGUGUCGUAAUCUUGUUAUCAAUUUUAACUGUCUACUUUAAACAAUUCACUUAAACGGUAUACAAUUAUUUUUGACGUUACAGGUUUGAUCGGAAAACUAGUGAAAUACGUGACACCGCUAACUAUCGUGCCGACCGUGUCAUUGGUUGGCCUGUCGUUGUUUGAGAACGCGGGCGAGUCGGCUUCUAAGCACUGGGGCAUAUCGAUGGGGUAUACACACUACGAAAAAUAUUCUAUGACUAUCAUUGUUAUUAUUAUUAUACGAUUAUCAUCCCACAGAACGAUUAUUCUGCUGACGCUUUUCUCACAGUUUCUGACGGACGUCAAGUGCCCGGUCCCGUCUUACAGUAAAACUCGCGGAUUUUCCAUCGUCAAGUUUAACGUCUUCCAACUGUUCCCGGUAAAUGGUCACGCCGUCGAUUUCACGAUAGUUAUAUCUGAGGCCGGUCGGGGUAGACCACGAUAAUAUAAAUCCCGGUGCAAUAAACGGCCGAGGAAAUAGUCUCGGAAAAACAUACGGUUUUUUCUAAAAGCGAAUACGCGUGGAACAAACUUAUAUGUUUAUGAGUAGUAAAAUUAAACGAGAACUUUUUUAUCCGGUGUUUAACGGCCGGUCGACAGUGAUGGAUAUAGUUCCAUUUAAAUAUCAUUUCAUACGCGGUUCUCAUAUAAAACCGUCUCUCAUUAAUUAUUAACAGGUCCUACUGACCAUAAUGAUCAUGUGGAUUUUGUGCGGGAUACUCACGAUCACCGACUACUUCCCGGUCGGUCAUCCGGCUAGGACGGACGUUAAAAUCAGGAUCAUAGAAGAUUCGUCGUGGUUCCGAGUUCCGUAUCCCGGUAAUAUAUAAUGUCAGAUUGUAUUUAAUAUAGAUUAUAGGUUAUAAAUGAAUAUGUUUCUAAAUGUGAAACAAUGAAAUAUAGCAAAAUUGAGAUACCUAAAUGAGUUUGGUAUAUUUCGAGAAAAUGAGGAUAAAGGCAAAGGGAUUUUUUGUUGAAUAUUGCGUAAAAAAAGGAAAUUAGUUUAUAAAAUCUAAUAUUCAUUUGUUAAAUAAUAAUAUAUUUUCUAUCGUGUAUAUAGGUAGUUUACUAGGUUCCCUAAUUGAUGAAAAAAAUUAUUAUUGUCGUUUCUUAUAAAAAAAAUCUAUACUCUGUAUAAAUAUGUACCAUUUUUUCAAUGGCGAACGGAUUGAUACUAUCAGUAAACAAAUUGACCUAUAAGGUCUUUCACGAAAUGUUUAUUCACCGAAAUAAUCACAUUAAGGCAUCUGAUUCUAUACCUUAUAUUGUAGAUAAAAUGCUUGUGAUAGAUAGUAAGUAUGGGGUGUGAAAAGUGGAAAUACGAGAUACUAGUCCGACUUUUGCAAGAUAAUGGCAAAGAAUGUGAUGUUGUUUUUCACUUUUAAUUCCAAUUUUACAGGUCAAUGGGGUUGGCCGACCGUAAGCGUAGCCGGUGUCGUAGGAAUGUUGGCGGGCGUACUGGCUUGCACCGUCGAAUCCAUAAGUUACUAUCCGACGACGGCGAAAAUGUGUGGUGUGUAUACUAUUAUUGUAUUGUGUGUAUUUUUUUUUUUUUUUUUUUUGCCCACAAUCGGGUACAUUUGUUUUAUAGAAAGUUACGCGUUAACAAAUUAUGUUACUAUACCUACAGCUCAUAGCUGCCGUUAGCCUGAACAUUUGCCCAGGUCAGAUUAAAUGUGAUUAAAAAAAUAAUAUACAUACCUCCACGUUUAUAGGUCUUAUAAGUAUACGGAGUGGUGUAUUGGAGGGUAUUUGUCAAUCAUAGCGUAUACCUUUUUGAAAAAUAGACCUACGUAGGUAUACGAAGGUAUACUGAUUAAUGAUAACUGAAAUAUCGAUAGUAAUAUAUUUUCAUCGUUGUUGUGCCGGUCGCCAGAAACAUAUUUUUUUUUAAAUAAUUGUUUUCAGAUAAAAAAUGUAAUACAUACAAAUGUACAUCAUAUCCUUAGUCUAUGCACAGAAUUAUGAUUGACAAGCCAAUGUGAGGGUCGAUCGAAACGUUUGGUCGUUUGGACUAGAAAUUUGUGGAAAAUAUUAUAAUACAAUAAUCAAAAAAUACCUAUUUUAGUUUUAUAAUUUCAUUGUAUAAUACGAAGUUAUAAUUUGUAUUUAUUGCGUGAGUAUUUGAAGAAUAGUUAAUGUAGAAACAACUAAAAUAAUGUAUUUAAAGUAAAAAAAAAAAUAAAGAUAAUAGUUCAUAUUUUCAUAUUUUUAGGACGUAGCGAGAACAUUUUUUUUUCUCAUAAAAUAUCAUUUAAAAGUGCGUAUACCUAAAAAUAAUUUGCCAAUAUACCACUGGGUAUACCUCUAAAUCUUGUGGUUACUUGAAAAUACACUUAUUGCAAUUUCAAUAAUAUUGAUUUUGUUCGAGUAAAACGAGGUUUUUCGCGUUCAAAUAACGUCUGACUUAGCGCGAAAAAAUCAUUAAAUGUUUGUUCUAAUAAACGAUUGUUUAGUUCGUGAAAUUUGUCGGUAAUAUGAAUUAUGAUUUGUGUAAAUUCACAGGAGCUCCUCCGCCGCCCGUGCACGCGAUCAACAGAGGGAUUGGUUUCGAAGGUCUCGGGACAGUGCUCGCCGGCCUUUGGGGCAGCGGAAACGGAACAAACACUUUCGGAGAAAACGUCGGAGCGAUCGGCGUGACCAAGGUAACCAAGGCUCCGGCGACAUUUCGGUUAAUGGGUGAACGGUCGAUAUGUUUUCAAUAGUGUAAUGAUAGGCAGUCAAUUGCCAAAUUUAAUUUAGAUAUUUAUUGCGUAAUUCAAUGAAAAUUAUGCAUCACCACGAAAAAAAUGUGUCAAUCAUGUGCACCAAAUUAAUGACAGAUAAUUUCUUAAGAAAUAAUAAAAUACUUUGUAAUAAUUAAUUUUAAUGUAAAAUAUUAAUUUUUUUUUUCUUUUCGUUUUCUGCUAAAAUGUUUAAUUUUUAAAUAAAGACAAUUGACUUUUGGUUUUUGCAUAUUUUGUGGGAUAUUUUAAUACUUUUGAGUGCAUAUAAAUCCGUGCUCUAAAGUCAUAAUAUAGGUGCAUGCAUUAUAUAAGGAUUUCUAUAAGUGUAUUCGAAAAUAAGAAAUGCAUAGGGUGGGUGGUAUACAAAAAACAUUGCUCUUUUUGCAAACAUAGUUCAAUGCGUCACAAGUAACUAUUAUGCACCGUCUGUUGCUUUUUUUUUUUAUUAUUAUUAUUGGGUUAAUAAUAUGAUGGGUUCACUACAGAAAUGUUUGCUACAAAUAAUAAGUUCCAAAAAUAAUUUAAUGAAGAAGUAAUUUCUUUCAUUACGUAUUGUAUAUUUAUAGGAACACAAAAACUUCCUGCACAUACAAAAAUAUGCAUUUUUCUUCAAAUUGCUAUACUUUAUAUACGUAAUGAAAAAAAAAUUGUCAUUAAUUGUUUUAUUCAGAUCGGCAGUAGGCGCGUAAUACAGUACGCCAGUGCACUGAUGUUGAUUCAAGGCGUCGUCAAUAAAUUCGGAGCCGUGUUCAUUAUUAUUCCCGAACCGAUCGUAGGAGGAAUGUUUUGUAUUAUGUUCGGGAUGAUAUGCGCAUUUGGUAAUAUUUCAAAUUUGGAUUUUAUUGAAUAAUUAAAAUACUUAUAAAUAUUAAUUAUAAUAUGUACGAGAUUUAAUUUUAAAAUUAUAGAAUAUAUUACUCACUCCUGACACAAAACAAUGACUCAGUAUACAUAUAAAAAUAAUGUAGUUUUUACUACUACUUUGAAGACCAAUUCAAUAUUUUAUUAUAUUUUAAUUCGGCUUUGUUAUUGUGGUUUUACAGGUUUAUCAGCUCUACAGUACGUUCAAUUGAACUCUUCGAGAAAUUUAUAUAUUAUUGGAUUUUCAAUGUUUUUCUCGUUGGUGUGUAUGUUAUAAUAUCUAUACCGGGCGAUACUUUUAUCGUUAAAAACUCAUUAUCUUAGAGAGUAUUAACUUUUUUCGGAAUCUGUUUCAUAGAAAAUCUAAGAAACAAGCAGCUCUACAAUUUUACAUUUACAUUAUUUUUUGUCACCUGUAUUUUCGGGAGUGAAACGACUACCUAGUUUGAUUUUCAAAUAGCAACCUAUAUUAAAAUAAUCCAUAAAUAGACGGAGUAUUAGUUAAAAUAAAUGUUGGUGUUGACAUUUUUAAUUUCCGUCAAUCAGUUGACGUAAGUCGUUUCAUCUCCGAAAAUAAGGGUGAAAAAAAUAUGUAACAUUUUAGAACUAUUUGUUUCUUACAAGUUUUCAAAAAUAUUCAAUACUUUUUAAAAUAAUGACUGUUUAAAAAUCCCUCGGUAUAUUACGUUAAGACCUAAAAAUCCAAGGUUAGAUUUUCAAAUACGUUCUUAUAUUGGAUUUACGGUUUCUGAUGCACUGCAGGUAUUGCCGAAAUGGCUGAUCGCCCAUCCGAACGUAAUUCAAACGGGAAACGAAAUACUGGACAGCGUGUUGACGGUCAUAUGCAGCACUAGUAUUUUGGUCGGAGGGCUGCUCGGCUGCUUUUUAGAUAAUACCAUUCCAGGUAUUGUAAUAAAAUAUUAUAAAGACAUACCGCAUAACAAACCAUCAUUAUAGAGAAUGUUUGUUUUUGUGCCGUAUCAGGUACUCCGGAGGAAAGGGGUCUUAUCGCUUGGGGCAAACAAAUGGACCUCACAAACGAUCCGACAACGGGCGACGAAUCGAGUACCUUCGAUUUCCCCGUUGGCAUGGCACUUUUAAGAAAGUUAGUAUGCGAUUAAAAAUAAAAAAAUAAUAUUACCACUAUAAUGGAGCGGGAAUUUGUUGCAUGUUUAUACGUGCAUAAUUUUAGAACGGUUUCCUAUUUUUAAUAUUCCUGUAAUCGGGUUAAGCUUACUUAAAUAAUUACUAGUAUUGUUGGCUUAUUUUAAUUUACAGUAAAACCCCCACUGAAGGGCUCCGCACCUUACUACCAUAUCAUAUUCAACAAUAACACGCUAUAAAGGAAAUUAAAUUUACUAGUGUGUGGAAAAAUGAACUAAAGACAAUUGUUCAGGUUUAUAAUAACCAUUUGAUUUAGUUGAUAACAAUAAAAUUGUGAUCUAAAAUAAUAUUUUGUCAUUUAUUUAUUCGAAUUUAUUAUUUACGUGAAUUCCCUAUCUGGCAUAAAUUAAAAUGUUUCAUUGUGAUAAACAAUAGGGAACGCUCAGCCCAUGGGGGGGGGGGCUUCGGACCCCACGCACCUCUUCCCGUAAAGCCGUAAACACGCCAAUGACCUCAGUUGUAUUAAUUUAUCGUUGCGCCUGCAGAUAAUACCAUGUAGCACGUGAUACUGUCAAAUACGCAUACGUGCAUUGCAAAAUAAUACGUAUACGUACGUAAGGCUCUACGAUAAAAAUAUUAUAAUUUCGAGAUAGUAACCGUGUGCCUCCUCAACAACCCGUUUUUCAUAUCCUUAAUCGUUGUUUUCGCAGUAUGUGUAAACCGCGCCGUGGGCAAAAAGUAAUACGACUUUUCAAAUCAAAACUCGUGUACAAUAUGUAUAUGACCCAAAAAUUAAAUUUCGUUAAAAAAAAUAAUAAAAAACUAUAGGUAUUUUAAAUUUAAUACAAUUUAGUAGGUAUAUGAUACGGGUAUUCAUGCCUAACGAAUUUUUGGGCGCAUUUUUUUAAAAAUUAUUUUGCCGACCGCUGUUAAAAAUUGAGAUUACGCGUCGGAGCAAUGAGCGAUAUGCUAUUAGAAAUUAAUAAACAAUAAAACACUGUGUUGAUAACGUUAUUAAUUUAUUAUUCGUUUGUAUAUAUUUUUACAGAAUGAAAUGGACAUAUUCCGUUCCGUUUUUGCCGACGUACAAACCGAGGAGAGAUUGAACAGCUCAUAUUUUCUUCUUGUGUGUAUUACUAAUAAAUAAU